AUGGAGGGAAAGCAUUCAAGUCCCCACAGCAUCAAUUUGCUGAAGAAAAUCAAAGAUUUCACUCGAUCGAUCCUCGAAGAUCUGUGUAAUGGUUGUUCGCCAACCAUAUACAUCGAUAAAUUCAGAACAUACUGCACGGAAAGUUCUGGAAACUGCUGUUGCAGCUCUGAUUUGCCCAAAGGAAAGGAAAUUCUUACACUGCAAAGAGAAUGUCAUGCACGCAGGAUGGAUGUAUUGCUAAGAGUGCUAAUGGUAGUUCAGCAACUUCUGCAAGAAAACAGGCAUGCUUCGAAAAGGGAUAUAUAUUACAUGAAUCCUUUAAUUUUUAAAGAGCAGUCUGUUGUCGACCGGGCAAUAAAUGACAUUUGCAUCCUUCUGCAUUGCAGUCGUCACAACUUAAAUGUGGUGUCAGUUGGAAACGGACUGGUAAUGGGAUGGCUUAGAUUUUCGGAAGCCGGGAGGAAAUUUGAUUGCAUCAACAGUCCCAACACAGCACACCCCAUUCCUGUCCAUGUAGAAUAUGUAGAAGAUAUUAUAAGUGUUGCUCAGUACAUCUUAAUUGUGGAGAAAGAAUCAGUUUUUCAGAGACUGGCAAAUGAUCAGUUUUGUAGACAAAAUCGCUGCAUUGUAAUCACUGGAAGAGGGUAUCCUGAUGUUCCAACAAGAAGAUUCUUGCGUCUCCUUAUUGAAACACUGCAUCUGACUGCCUAUUGCUUGGUUGAUUGUGAUCCAUACGGCAUUGAUAUCUUGAGUACGUACCGAUUUGGUUCUAUGCAAAUGGCUUAUGAUGCCAAAUUUCUACGUAUCCCUGAGAUUCACUGGCUUGGAGCUUUUCCAUCAGAUUGCGAGAAGUAUCAUCUUCCACAACAGUGUCUCCUAUCUUUGACAGCUGAAGAUAAGCAGAAAGUUGAAGGCAUGUUACUUAGGUGUUACUUGGAACAUGAAGUCCCACUUUGGAGGGCGGAACUCCAGUUGCUGCUGGAUAGAGGGUUCAAGUUUGAGAUUGAAGCGUUAUCGGUGCACACACUUUCCUUCUUGUCAAACGAAUAUCUACCCUCCAAGAUCCAAAGUGGAGCGUACAUCUAA